UAUUGCUUUGGAAAGGAAAAUAUCCUUUAUUUUUUAGUAAAAAAAAGACAAUAACUUUGUCAUGAUGGUGGAAAUUUUUGCAGUUACUCUUCGCUAUAGAUACAGAUUAUAAUAGUGGCUAAGAAUUUGGAGUUUGUGCUAUUCAGUGAAGCUGGCAACGCAGAAAUUUGAUGAGAUUAAUAGUUCCAACAAAAUUUGCUGAGACCCAAGCUCUGCCCAUUCUCUUCACCUCUCUCUUUCAACGCACCGCACGGGUGCGGAGGCUGCAAUUCCUGCCUACUUCUCCAAGUAGGAAGGGUAUUGCAAGUAGGAUGGCUUGGAGUUUGGAGAAAUGUGAUGAUGAAACAGUGGAGAAUACGACAACGGGAAUACUGCGGCCGGCAACUGCAGAUUAUGCAGGAGAGGCGAUCGAAGCUGUCAAAACCGGAAAAGUAAUUGCUGUGCCAACUGACACCCUCUACGGCUUUGCUUGUGAUGCUUGCUCUAUGGAAGCUGUUCACAGGAUAUAUGAGAUCAAAGGCCGAAAGCAUACCAGCCCUCUAGCUAUUUGUGUUGGGGAUGUUCAAGAUAUACCUCGUUUUGCUACUACUCACCAUUUGCCUCUCGGGUUGCUUGAUUCACUUCUUCCUGGACCAGUGACAGUGGUUUUAAGACGAGGGGAUUCAAGCAUCCUUGAAAAGUCUUUAAACCCUGGGCUGGACAGCAUAGGUGUAAGAGUGCCCGACUCUGAUUUCAUUCGACUAAUUGCUCGUGGUUCACAUAGCGCCCUUGCCCUCACGAGCGCUAACCUUAGCGGGCAGCCUAGUAGUGUAGAUGUGAAAGAUUUUGAGAACCUUUGGCAGCAUUGUGCGUGCAUCUACAAUGGUGGGUUGCUUCCAUCGGGGCCUGCAGGAUCAACAGUCGUUGAUCUUACUAAGCCGGGAGUGUUCAAGAUUCUCAGACCGGGAAGUGCCAAGGAGGAGACAAUUGCAAUUCUUGAGAGAUAUGCUCUAGUAGAAGACAAUAGAUAGUUUAUCAUAUUGACCGCAAUCACAAUUUCCACAUUUUAUAUGUUGGAAAUUGUACGAUUUUUUCUGCGUGUAGCAUCUUACUUUUCGACUAGCAUUUCUCCUCAUGGUCUGUCUUUCAUGUAUUCUUAUGUAAUUUUAUACAAAAUCAAUCUGAUUGCUUACACUUUAUUACUUGUUUACGAUAUGAUAACACUUAGUAUUUGUUGGAA